AGGGCGGGGUAUAUGUCCGGGCAGUCCGGCCCACUGAUCUGAUUGAUAUCCGGCCGGAGAAAUGCAUCAUGCUGUGAUUCUCCCGUCACAUGUCACAACUUUGGGUAGAAGUAACGAAGUAUCAAAGUACAAAUUAAGUUACAAACUUCCAAAGUUCAUUUCAACAACAUUGUUUUUAUCGAUCGUAGCUGUGAUUUACGAUCAGGAAAUACUAUCUCAGGGAAUACGAUCUCAGGAAAUACGUUUUUACCAUCAUAAUACAAAUCAAAUCACAGAUCGAACAAAAUUUAAUAUUUCUACUGAAUAUGCAAAGUUUUUAUACCACUUUGUAACAUAUCAGGCAAACUAUGAUGCUAUGAUAGAUAAAUGAGAUUUGUUUUGCCAUAUUUUAAAGGAGCAAGGGCAUAUUUUUGUGUGGCUAAGCAAUAUUUCACUAUAGGUUCUAACUUGACGAUGAAUAUGAAUUCUGUCUCAAGAAAGGCUCAGUUAGUUUCAGAUAGAAAGAAAUUUGAUGAAUUGUUGCCAAAGAUCAUUGAUCAGAUCAUUGGUCAGCCUUGCAAGGAAACCAAAGAUGCCAUGGAUCAUUAUCAGAAGUCUGUCAUGUAUAAUCUUCCUGGAGGAAAAAUGAAUCGUGGUUUGACAGUAAUGGCUACUUGGCGUUGCCUAUUGGGAGAAAGAACAGCCUCAGACGAGGAAUAUUUCUCUGCGAUAGUUCUGGCCUAUUGUGUUGAGUUGCUUCAAGCAUCUUUUCUGGUUGCGGAUGAUGUGAUGGACCAAUCACAAACAAGACGAGGAAAGCCGUGUUGGUAUAAAAAGGAGAAUAUUGGCCUGGUCGCAAUAAAUGAUGCUUUUAUGCUUGAGUGUUCUGUCUACAAACUACUUGACAUCAAUUUUCAGGAUAAGAAAUGUUAUCCUAACCUAAUCACUUUGCUACAUCGGACAACUUUUCAGACUGAAACUGGUCAAACAUUAGAUCUUAUAACCAAGCCUGGUGAAAACUUUUGUAAUUUUACAUUAGAAAGAUACAAGGCAAUCGUAAGAUGGAAGACUGGAUACUACUCAUUUUACCUACCAGUCGCUCUCGCUAUGUAUAUGAUGAACAUUACAGAUAAAGAGAUUCAUGAAAGAACCAAGGAUAUUUUACUUGAAAUGGGAGAAUUUUUUCAGAUUCAGGAUGACUAUCUUGAUUGUUAUGGCGAUCCAGAGGUAACAGGAAAGGUUGGGACAGAUAUCGAAGAUACGAAAUGUUCCUGGCUGUUAGUACAAGCUCUGCAGAGAGUUGAUCAAGAACAGAUGAAUGUAUUGAAGGAGAACUACGGCGUCAAUGAUCCAGUGGCAGUAGCAAAAGUGAAAGAAAUUUACUCCAAAUUGAACAUGAAAAAAGUCUACCAGGAUUAUGAAGAAAUUAGUUAUCUAAAGUUGAUGGCACUUAUCGACAAAGCGCCAAGUGAAAUGCCGAAAGAAAUCUUCACUGAACUUGCUGGGAAAAUAUACAAAAGAGAUAAAUAAAAGUCAUAGAAUGCACUUUUUAAUUUAAACAAUGAUAAGAAUUAACCUAAAGGAGUAAUUUCGAUUAAUCUUUUGCGAAGCAAUGUCCCAGCGUUAAUUUUCUGUAGCAUAUUCAAUCUGGCAAGUCAGUACUGAGGUUAAACUGUUUCAUUGCCCGUAACUUGUAAAUGCAAAGACUGCGGUCUCGUCAUUUUUCAUUUAAGACUUUCGUAUUGUGAUUUAUCUAAUUCUUACUCUAUUUAAUAGAACAACAAAUUUGAUCACUCUUUGAUAUGAAAACAAAAAAAUUAAAUACACGCAACGUAACAAUCUCUCGACAGAUUCUUGGCAUGUUGCAUAUCAAAUA